GUCUCUCUCUCUCUCUCAUUCCGCCUCCACCGUUUUAGCGGAAGGCAUUGAGCUUCGUCUUUCGUUCCGCCGUCGCCGUCUGAUUACCGGUCGAAGUUCUUCAGCUAAUUCGUUGUUGAAGAAAAAGUAUUAAGACAUGGUGCAGUACAAUUUCAAGAAGAUUACCGUUGUUCCAACGGGAAAGGAUUUUAUAGACAUAAUUCUGUCUCGUACGCAAAGGCGUACGCCCACCCAAGUCCACAAGGGAUAUGCCAUUUCACGUCUUCGCCAGUUCUACAUGCGUAAAGUGAAAUUCACGCAGACGAAUUUUCACGAAAAGCUUUCCACCAUAAUCGAAGAGUUCCCCAGGCUUGGUGACAUCCAUCCUUUCUACGGCGAUCUUCUCCAUGUGCUCUACAACAAAGACCAUUACAAACUCGCCCUCGGCCAAAUCAACACCGCAAGAAACCUGAUUGGCAAGAUUGCAAAAGACUACGUCAAAUUGUUGAAGUAUGGAGAUUCUCUUUACCGAUGCAAGUCGCUGAAGGUUGCUGCUCUCGGUCGUAUGUGUACUGUGAUAAAAAGAGUCAGCCCUAGUUUGGCUUAUCUUGAACAGAUCCGACAGCAUAUGGCAAGGCUACCUUCGAUCGAUCCGAACACUCGGACUAUCUUGAUCUGUGGGUACCCGAAUGUUGGCAAGAGCUCAUUCAUCAACAAAAUUACGAGGGCUGAUGUCGAUGUGCAACCGUAUGCUUUCACCACAAAAUCUUUGUUUGUCGGUCAUACCGAUUACAAGUAUCUGAGGUAUCAAGUGAUUGAUACUCCUGGGAUUUUGGAUAGGCCGUUUGAGGAUCGUAAUAUUAUUGAGAUGUGCAGUAUUACAGCUUUAGCCCAUUUGAGAGCUGCUGUACUGUUUUUCCUUGAUAUUUCCGGUUCUUGCGGAUAUACGAUUGCACAGCAGGCGGCUCUAUUCCAUAGCAUCAAGUCGCUGUUUAUGAAUAAACCCCUUACCAUUGUUUGCAACAAGACUGACUUGCAGCCGUUGGAUGGGAUAUCUGAAGAGGACAAGAAACUAGUCAUGGAGAUGAAAUCCGAAGCAAUGAAAACGGUGAUAGGUCAGGGUGGUGAACCGACUGACGAUAACGGCGUACUCUUGACAAUGAGCACUUUGACAGAGGAUGGUGUAAUUGCUGUAAAAAACGCAGCUUGCGAGCGAUUAUUGGACCAGAGGGUGGAACUGAAAAUGAAGUCCAAGAAGUUGAACGACUGCCUGAACCGCUUCCAUGUUGCCAUGCCGAAGCCACGCGAUCACAAGGAAAGGCCACCGUGUAUACCUCAGGCCGUCUUGGAAGCCAAAGCCAAGAAAGCAGAGGAAACUGCAGAGAAGGAGAAGAAGAAACUGGAGAGAGAUAUCGAAAACGAGAAUGGUGGUGCUGGUGUGUAUUCCGCAAGCUUGAAGAAGCACUACAUGCUAGCAAACGACGAAUGGAAAGAGGAUAACAUGCCCGAGAUUCUUGAUGGGCAUAAUGUGUACGACUUCAUCGACCCCGAUAUUUUGAUGAGGCUCGAGGAGUUGGAGAGAGAAGAAGGCACUCUCCAAGGUCUUGAGGAAGACGAUGAUUUCGAAAUGGAUGGAGCUGAGUUAACACCCGACGAACAAGCUGCACUUGCAGAGAUUAGGAAGAAGAAGAGUCUACUUAUCCAGCAGCAUCGGAUUAAAAAGAGCACAGCUGAGAGCAGGCCGAUUGUGCCUAGGAAAUUCGAUAAAGAUGGGAAAUUUACGUCGGAGAGAAUGGGGAGACAGCUGUCAUCUCUUGGACUUGAUCCGUCAAAGGCUAUUGACCGUGCUAGAAGUAAAUCCAGGGGUCGUAAGAGGGAGAGAUCUGUUAGUCAAGUUGACUCGAUGGAUGUUGAUGGUGAUAAUUCGAAUAAGAAGAUGAGGCUGAGGUCCAGAUCGGCGUCUAGGUCUUCAAGGCCACCUGGCGAACUUGUUCCUGGUGAAGGGUUAAGAGACACUGCGCAGAAGAAGAAGGCUAUUAAAUUGGCGCAGGGCUCUAGCAAGAACAGGAAUAAGGAUGCUCGUAAAGGAGAGGCCGAUAGAGUUAUUCCUACUCUCAGACCUAAGCAUUUGUUCUCUGGCAAGCGCUCUAAAGGAAAGACUGACAGGCGUUAGUGGAAUUCUCGAGAGGAAAUCGAUAUUUUACAAUAUACAACAGCCUAUGGAGGGUCGUAUACUGGAAGCUGUAACGGAUGGGUUGUGGAACUUUUGUGUUUUAUUUGAUAAUUUAUUGGUUAGAUCGUUUUAUUUUUUUACGUUAAAUAGAAUUUUGCCCCUUGAGACGGUUUAUUGUUUUUAUUGUACUGAAAUUUUGAGACUUUGUUUUGUCGGAAUCGUGAUGAUUAGGACGUUUGUUAUAAUGAAGCUGUUGCAGAAGCAAAAUGUGUGAGCUCAGUGAGCUUGUCUGGAUGUUUGUUAUGUGUUGCGUUGUUUUCUUGCUAAUUUAUGAAUGUUGUGUGUGUUCGAU